GAGAAACCGAUAAUCUAAUAUGACAAAGCAUAUUAAUUAUCAAAUUAAACGUUCAGAGAAUAUCAGAAGGAAACAAGAAGAAUCCCAAUCAGCUACAAUUUAUAUCAUUAAACAAUAUGGACCAACAUUUUACCUGUUACAAGAUGAUACAGAACAAAAGUUUAAGGUUCACCUUGGUGAUAUACAUACAUGUUCAUGUGAUAAUUAUGUAAAGACACAGGAACUUUGUAUUCAUAUAUGUUGGUUACUAAUUAAGCGAUUGAAAGUUGAUCCAAAUAAUCCAAUAUCCUGGCAAUUAGGAUUAGUUGAACGUGAGAUAUCAGCACUUUUACAUGGACAAUAUACAAUAAGGAAUAAACAUUCUGAAGGAACAAUGAAUAUAUCAUUAAAUAAUGAAGAGAAUAAUAUUGAAAAGGUAUCAGAUAAUAAUCAGCGUAGAAUUGAAGAAGAUGAUGUUUGUCCAAUAUGUCAAGAAUAUCUACUCUCAUCUAAACGAUUUCCAGUAACAUUUUGUCGUAAAAGUUGUGGUAACAAUGUUCAUAUAAAAUGUAUGAAAGUGUUGACAGAUUAUCAAAGAAAACAAAAUUCAUUAGGUAUCACAGAUGAUGUCAUAUGUCCUGUUUGUCGACAAGCAUUUGCGUCAUUCUCCAUUCUUAUACAUGAAUUCACAGAAAAUUUACAUACCCCAGUCAAAAUUGCUAAUCAAUUGAGUAGUACUACUGAUUUAAUAGUUAGUAGUCAGGUGAUGAAUAGAUUAAAUUUUGAAAAAAAUCCUGUAAAACAUUUAAAUACUCGAUGUUUAUCUUGUCUACGUUCACCAAUAUUGGGGAAUCUUUAUCGUUGUGAAAUAUGUUAUCAAUUAUCAAAAGAUGAUAAUUUAAAUCCAUUUUUAUGUGGUGGAUGUUUUCGUUUAGAUAAACAUGCUGAACAUGAUCAGUAUACUUACAAAGAGUUACCAAACAGUAAAUGGUUGGAUGUCCCAUUGAAUCGAGGUGCUAUCAAAAAUCUGACUAUUGAGUUUAUUAAGAAAACUGAUGAAGCCGCUGAAAAUCAAAAUCUUAAUUCAAUAGAAGAAUCAAAUGAAAGAGAACCAUUGGAACCAUUACAAUUAAAUGAACUAGCCAAUAUUCAUCAAUGGAUAAUUCAUACUCCUAGAAAUCGAUCAAAUAUUACUCAAUUAAGAAAAAGUCCUAGAGGAAAGUUAUCUAUCAAUUCUAUGUACAGUAAAGGAUUACUGUCACCAGGACGUCAAUGUUUAAUUUGUUUAAUGUCAUUCAAGGUUAAUGAUCAAGUGAGGCGAUUAUCAUCAGGAUGUCAGCAUAUAUUUCAUUCUGCUUGUAUUGAUCCUUGGUUACUGCAUAGAUCACCCACCUGUCCAAUUGAUCAUGUCAUUGUUCAACCUAGAAAAUUACUACCUGAUCAAUCAUUAACCAUCAGAAAUGAUAUAUCAAGUCUAGAAAUGGAUAAGGUAUUGAGUAAUCACCAUAAAGAGUUAAAAAUCUGUGCAAAACAAAUUGAAACUAAACCAAAAAUGAAGACAACAAAGUCUUUGAAGAAUGUAAUACCACCUAAGAUUGAUUCAUUACAACAAGGAAUAUCUAUUUCAAGUGAAUCUUAUUCAUCUGAUAGUCUUAAUGUGAUUGGACAACAUAUGCUAACAGAAUAUACAAGAAAGUUGUAAUUGACACAUGAAAGUGUAGACCAGAAACAUCCAACGACCAGUGUAUGCAGUGUAAAAUAUUUAACUUUACUACUCAUACUACUACCAAAAUCAUGAGUAGUUUGUAAAUUUUAACCAAAUAUUUCGCGCUAGUGAAACUUAAAAAUCCUUAUGAAAAAUUUUUUGAAAUAAA